GUUUGUCAGUUCUUCUUUUAUUCACAUUGACACAACGUGCUAAAAUGGAGAAAAUUAAAAUAAGUUUGUGUCUAUUUUUAUUAAUUUUUUGUGCUUUAAAAUGCACUGAAGCAACAAAAUUAAAUUAUCCAAGAGUGUUACUUCCAAUUUUUGAUAAAAUUUCAAUAAACUUCACUCUUGAAGUAAAAGAAAAAGGAUGUUUUAAAUGGACAUCAUCGCGCCAAGACUUAAUUCUAAUAACUCCCCUUUAUGAUGAUGCUGAAAAUGAAUGCACGCAUAAAGCUACAGUCACUGUGCUAUCACGUGAACGUAGACGCAAUACUGCCAUAGUGCUGGCCGAAGAUGUUGCCAGUGGAGAGUCGCUACGUUGUGAUGUCAUUUUGGAUGUCAUUGACAAGCUAAGCGUCAUUACUACUACAAGACAGCUCUACUUAGAGGAGGCUCCGGAAACAUUUGUUAUACAUGCAGAAGAUUCUCAGGGAAACGCUUUCACAACACUCGAAGGUGUUGAAUUUAAUUGGGCUAUUUCUUCUUUGAAUAAAGAUAACAAGGAUUGGUCGCCAGCUUUAAGAUUUUUAACAUUUACUGAAAGUUCAUACCAUGAGGUGCCAGAAGCCUUGGAGAAAUUUGAAGCUCAAGGUCUUAAAGGUUACAUGGUAUUAUUGGAGGGUAUUAAUACUGGCACAGCCAAGGUUACAGUCAAUAUGCUUUAUCCGGAAUACAGUCAUGUUCAACCGCUGCAAGUUUACAUCAAUGUCUUGGCCAAUAUUAUUUUAGAACCCUCCGAUGUCUAUAUAUUACCUGGAGAUACGGUUAACUUCCGCAUAUUACAAUUGAAAAUGGGCCGAUUACAAGAGAUCUCUCUCAACAAUCAAUACUUUUUGGAAAUUGAUGAUGGUAAUGUGGCUAGUAUUAAGGGUACCACUGGAACUGGCCUUAAAGUAGGCCGUACAAUGGUUGUUUUACGUGAUCGCAAUGUUCCAAACGAGGGAAGCUUCGCUGCUGGCAAUGAACUUACAAAAUCGUCUGUACCCAGUGCCAGGAUUACUGUGGCAAAUCCGAAAAAACUUGGUCUUAGUCUGUUGCCGUAUAAUAAUUGGAUUACAGUUGAGGGAGAAAAACAUGAGAUUGCUGUUGACUUGUACACACAUGAUGAUCAUAAAAUUACUUUGGGUUCUCGUUUCUCGGUAAAUUCCGAGCUAGAUGAAAUGCUUUUCUUAGUUCAUAAACGAAGUAAAAAUGGUUCUCGUAUAAAUGGUGAAGCAAUUAGAGAAGGUACAACUCCAGUGUAUGGUACAUUUAAAGAUUUAACUGCUCAAGCUGAAUUACAAAUCUUCAGUGAAUUAACUUUGAAACCCAGUAAAGUUAUUUUGCCAUUCGAUCCGAAUGUAAUCAAAACACAAAAAAUACAAUUUCAUGCACAAGGCGGUGACGGUUCCUAUAUUUGGAAGUCUCAGCAACCACGUCUCUUGCAUAUAAAUCAAAAUGGUUUGGCCACAACUGUGAUACGUGAUACCGAAGCCAGAUAUAAUUUAGACACUUUCGACACGUCUACUGGAUCUCUGCUGACAGCCCAUGGUCACGUUAAAGUUGCUCUUGCUAAAAACCAAAAAAUAACUCGCCAGGCAGAUAUUUACUUUGUGCCCCCUGUGAAAUUGGAAAUUUUGAAAUAUAAUUUUGAAACUGCCCUUAAAGACUAUGUACAUCUUCAUGUGGCCGUGUAUGCGUAUGUCAACAAAACACUGAUGCCAUUUACAAAAUGUGAAAAUCUGAUCUUUGAUUUUGAAUUUUCCAACCAAAUCUUUCAAGUUGACUACAAUAAUGUUGAUGUUGAAAUGGCUCCUGAUGCUUGUCAAGUAGUACACUUGCGCAGUACUGCCGUAGGUCUAUCACAUCUGAGGUUGUCUUACAAGUUCCAAGAUAAAGUUUUAAAGGACGAAGUUACACUCAGUGUUUUCGAGCCAUUGACUAUUCUAAAUCCCAUUGAAAAUCAUGUUGUUUUGCCAAUUGGCGCUUCACGUAACGUUAUCUAUUCCAAUGGUCCACAAAAAAUAUACACAUUGGAAGCUGAGUUAACUAAGGGUACGGAGUAUGACUACAAUAUCGCUCGUGUGUCGGAAAUUGAAUUUGACACUCAAAAUAAUUUAUACGCCUUUAGCGUUUUGUGCCGAGAAAUUGGUGAAACUGCUGUGACAUUCAAUGUGUUCAAUGCCUUACUAGCGCCCAACUUUCAACCGUAUGUGUCGACAAUAGUCACUAAUGUUUAUUGCGUUAAGCCACGCUUCUUGAAUUUGUACACCACGGAACAAAUGCGUUCUUCGUGCCCGAUGGAAAUGAAAAAUGCUUUGCUGCAGCUUAAAGAUCGCGAUGAUAAAUUCGAAAUAGAAAUUGAAGUACAGGAUGCUAAAAAUCGCAAAUUGAUGAAUAUAUCAUCACUGUUUAUAGACUGGGAAUUUGCUGCUGGUGAUCAGCGUUAUCAGAGUGGUGCUAUAACUUAUAAUCGUCAAUCAGAGCAAGAAUUGCUAGAAGGUGUACGUUUGCCAGGCAAAGAUCUUCUUGUUACUACACUCGGCGAAGUGACACAAAAUUUCCGUAUAAAAGGUGUAGUCACCAAAUACGAUGAACGUGUAUUGAGAAAACAAGAUAUUUACCCUGAAGAACCACCUUUCGGCAUUAAGAAUCCAAAAACUGGAGAAGUUUUUACACCUGUAAUAGAAAAUGAAAUACGUUUUAUGACUGUUAACAGUACAUUCUUCCCCUCUGAUCACAUUAGCAUAUUUUUGGCCAAAAAUAGACGCGAACGUAUACCUAUGUCCCAGGGCAGUGGUUUUUAUGAUUUCCAACUGUCAGAAGCUGGUAUUGUAAAGGUCGAAUUUGAUAACAAAGAAAAGGAAUUGAUUGUUACUCCUCUGCGAAUUGGUCAUACUCGCCUAGAACUCAUUGAUCGUUGCUUAAUGAAUGAACCUGCACACUUGUCGAUUUCAGUUGUUAGUAUUGGCGCCAUUCGUGUUGAAGCUGCAGAUCGUGUAGAACGUACAAAAUCUAUUGAGGCUAUUGUUAAACUGUAUGAUUCCCAUGAUAAUUUGAUGCAUAUUGAUCCCUUUAAUUUGCACAUUUAUGAGUUGUCGGAAGAAGUAUUUAAUGCAAAUAUAUUAAGCAUACAAUUAGGCGAUCAAUUCGAUUUAGAUGUUGGUGAAAUAAGAUAUGUUAUUACCGGUAAUAAUUUAGGUGAAACUAAAAUAGCUUUUAAUGCUGGUAGUGGAGAUUUACUGGUAUCUAGUGAACCUAUCAAUGUGCAGGUAUUUCCACCUUUGCGCUUAUAUCCACGCAAUUCAACUUUAGUAGUGGGUUCAAGUGUACAAAUCUUUUACCAUGGUGGUCCCCAGCCUGACGUUAAUAUUGUUUAUUAUGUCCACGAUAAAAAGAUCAUCACUAUGGAGUCGGCAAUUGUCACUGCAAAUAAACUGGGUGAAACUAAAAUCACUGGAAAAUGUAUUAUGAAAAAUCCCAUCAAUGGCCAAGAAGUUGUGAUAUCAGAAGACACUAUUGAGGUACAUGUUGUGCCAUUGAUGAAUAUACAAAUUAAAACUCCACUUAUUAGAAUACGUAGUGGUGCUGUAAUGCCAGCUUCUAUUUGGGGUGUUCCUGAUUUAUCGCCCAUGGUAUUGGGUACAUUGGCUAACAUGCAUAUUGUUUGGUCUACAAAUCAACCGGAUGUUGUAAAUAUUUAUAAUAUUUUUGCUGAUGCUGGUAUUGAAUAUUCAGACACUGAUUUAAUUUCUGUGCGCAUUAAGGCUUUAAAUCCAGGAAAAGCUAAAAUUCAAGCUACAGUUCAAUUACCAGGUGGACAAAAAAUCUCUUCAUUUGUAGAAGUUGUUGUUUUUAAAACAUUGGAAUUGGAACAUCCCAAGCGUAUAUCAACCGACAGUAUUUUAUUGGCGCCACGUAGUUCCAUACAGUUAAAAGCUAAUUUGGAAGAUGUUCUAUACCGCCUAUCGAGUGACAGUAAUUCAAUUGUUAAAGUGACACCAGAUGGCAUUGUACGCACUCAAGAGAUUUUGGGCAGAGAUUUAGUUAUUGCAAAAACUUUUGAUCAAACUUUAGCUAUUGGUAUUGAAGUUAAAAAUGUACAAUAUAUUUUGGCCUCAUUGGAGUAUCCAACAUUAAAAAUGAAACAGACCGAAGAGAAAAUACCACGUGGCAUGAAUUUCGUAUUGAAAGUAUCAUUGCAUGACAACUUGGGCAAUGAAUUUUCACAUAAUAUUGAGGAUGUGAAUGGCUUAAAAUAUGAUUUGUCUCACAAGGAUAUUGUUGAUGUUCAAAUUGGCAAUAAUUUAACUGUGGCGAUAAAUCUGCCACGUGAAACGAGCAACAUGAUUGCUAUAAGUUUAAAAGAUGCUACCGGAGUUCAGCAUGCUGAGGAUUAUAUUAAACUGUCAGUUGGUGAAUCUAAACAUAUUUAUCCUACUAAGACAAUCUUCUCUGUUGGUGACAUUAUAUGCUUUGAUUCUCCAUUACCAUUGUCAUCGUUUUGGAUGAGUUCUGAUGAACAAAUUGUCGCUAUUGAUAGACAAACAGGAGUUGGCAGAGUACUUGGAAAUCGUUAUAAAUUGGGCGAAAAAGUGCUAGUUACCAAUGGCGAUAAGGCAAGCGGCAAUUUUAUAAAAUAUGAUGUUGAAGUUCGUGAUGCCGAUGUGAUACAAUUUGCAAAGUCAUAUGAUAUUUUUAGUGGUUCAUUGUAUCGAGGACAUUUUGUUGUACGCAAUCAUUUGCAAGUGGAUAAAUUUACAAAUUUGGUGGCUAAAAACAUUUCAAAAUGUUCUAGUAUUUUAGAAAACAUUCCCGUUAAGUUGUUCUCUUGUGUGCUGAAAUCUAAACAAGCCUUGGGCCAACAAUUGUUGGAGCAUUAUAAGAUUGCACCUGUAUUUGAGGCUGAAUCGGGACGUUAUGCCUGUCAAAUUGAAUUAAAAACCACAUUUAAUGAGAUCUUGAAUAUUGUGAAAACUAAUGAUAUACAUUUUGAAUUGGAGGUUUCUUUACCAACUGGUUUAACCGAUAAUCUAUCGUUAAAAUUCGUGCCUGGAAUUAAGGUAACACCAGACACACUCAUAUCGGACGAUUUGAAAGAACAAGAUUUAACCGUAACCGGUUUAGAUAAAGUUUUACAAAAAGUCGAGGUUAAACCAUCCGAUAGUUCAUUGUUAAAAGUGACGACACAUACAAAGGCACAUGGUACACUGCAAUACAAGAUAAAAAUACUAAAGGAACUACCAUUGGAUGAGCAAUUAUUUGUCCAUGUCCAUUCACCGGCAACAAUGCAAGAUAUUCAAAUUCCAGUAAUGGGUUCCACUACAUUACAAAAGUGUUCGAAUCAACCGUUUAAUUCUUCAUCGGCGCUGUUGGUUAAGAUUUUGUCAAAUCUUGGUUUAAUUGUUGUAGCAAUUGUUAUUUUAGCAGCUACAGUUUGGUUAUAUUUAUAUUUGAAUCCUUCAAGUGGCAGUACUCAAAUAAAUCCAGACGUAUUUUCUACGUCAAUGAAAAACAAAGGAAGCUGUUCGCAAAGCAGUAGUUCAGGUUCACCCAUAGGAUCACCAUUGAGAACAUCACCUCAAUCUCCAUUUAGCAUUCGUGGUAGCCCUGAGAGUGUUGGCAGUUUAUCGCCUGGAAAUGAUUCUUUAGUUUAUGGUGACACAAGUUUAGUAUCCCCUCAAAGAAGGAUACAUCGUAGAUAUUUAUGAGAUGAUAUUUUGUAAUUUAUUUAUGUUUUAUGAAAACCAGAAAAACAAAAAAAAAGAACAAAAAGAUUAAAGAAAGACACAUAAACUUAUAUACAUAAAAACAUAAACAUACACACACAAAUACCAAUGUCGGUUUUG